AUGCGUAUCUCGCCGCAACUAAUAGGAAACUUGAAACGUGCAAAAAACCCCCAAACUCGUAAGGACAGAAACAGCCAAAGUACUUCGCGACUCCCGCCCGCCUGGUGCGCGCCGUCGGGUUCCACCGGAGCCCGGCUCAGGGGGGGUUACCUGCCGCCCCGCAUGCCAGCCGCGCCGCGGGAGGGAGCCGAACCGAAGGAAACCGAGGCAGCGAGCACAGGGGAGGGCUGCGGUCCCGGCACCAAGUUCGCAUCCGCCGAGCCCGCUGACGGGAACAGCGCCGAGCCGCGGCCCGGCACCCCUCUGGAGGUGGCUGCCGCCCGCGGGAAGCCUCCCCGGGGCCGCUUCUCCGUGCAGGCUACAUGGAGGGGCGCGGGUGCCCGGCCGGCGGGUAGCGGGGCAGUGUGCCCGCGGCCCGCCCAGAGACACCGGGCCCGGACAACCCGGCACGUCCCGCGAAGGGCGGCGGGGCGGGAGGAGGCGGCGAAGCACUGCGCGGGGGACGCGGGAGAGGCCGCGGAGGUACAAGGCGCCACGCUGCCUGGGACGGGGGGGGGGGCGGCCGGUCCCACGGCGCCGUCCCUCCCGCCCGCUCGCCUCGGCGGGGGCCGCCGCCGCCGCCGCCGCGCGGGGGCGGGACACGGCACCCGCUGGCUGGAAGCGCGCCCCGCCGCGGCCGCACCGCGCAACGGCACCGAGCACCCGGCACCCACACCGAGCACCCGCACCGGCACCCGCACCGAGCACCCGCACCGGGCACCCGCACCGAGCAUCCGCACCGGCACCCGGCACCCGCACCGGCACCCGCACCGGCACCGAGCACCCGGCACCCGCACCGGCACCCACACCUGCACCAGCACCCGGCACCCACACUGGCACCCGCACCGAGCACCUGGCACCCACACCCGCACCGGCACGGAGCACCCGGGACCCGCACCCACACCGAGCACCCGGCACCUGCACCUGCACCAGCACCCGCACCCGCACCGAGCACCCGGCACCCGCACCCGCCACCCGCACCGAGCACCCGGCACCUGCACCCAGCAACCGCACCGGUACCCGCACCAGCACCCACACCCGCACCAGCACCCACACCCACACCAGCACCCACAUCCGCACCGCGCAACAGCAGCCACACCUGCACCCGGCACCCACACCAGCACCAGGCACUGGCACCUGGCACCAAGCACUGGCACCCGCACCUGCACCUGCACCUGGCACCAGCACCCACACCAGGCACCGGCAUCCGCACCGGGCACCGGCACCAGGCACCCCCGCUGCAAAACGCGGCUUCAGACUUUCUGCCCACACAGGGAGAGCUGCCGCCUGGUCCCGGGCGUGGAGAACUAA